CGCAUGACUCUACGUAAGCAGCACUUGAAGGACGCAAACAGCCAACAACUCUGUAAAUAUCAGGGGGGGUUAACCUCUAAACACUGUCAUUGAUUUAUAAAUGUAAAAUAUGUUAUUAAGUAGCAGCUGGAAAUCCUCAUAGUCCAUUUUGACUGUUUGUUUAGCUAAUAGCUAAUGCAUAUCUUACAUGUGAGUUGCAGAACAUAGUGCUUCCUAAAAGUGUGCUUACUUACAUAGUAACCCUAGAGAAAAGUACUGUGGUUUUACCAUGGUACAGAGAUGGUAACAGCCUGGUUCUUUGAUAUAUAUCAUGAUUGAUGACAGCCUGUCUGAUUGAAAAAGCUUUAGCGACUAGAGUACUACAAGAUAUGGAUGAAACAUCAACCUUUGAGCGACGUGUUGAAAAACGCUUCGGUUCACCAUUAUAUGAAGAUAUCUUUGGAGUUUUGGCGAAUGGAGGCAGAAGUCUUACUGAUGCACAGUUUAAAUGAUUGAUUGUCUCUGGACUUAAAGAUCUGUACGGAGAGUGGGCCUGGUGAAAUUGUGGUGUGCAUUAACAUUACUGGGAUCAGAAUGAGGCGUGUGCUUUUAGAGUCACACAGAUGCCAGUAAAGAGCUUGAAAAUCAUUGAACUCUUCCAGGAAUGGCUCAACUAACCUUGUACAUAAAUGUUGGUAAUCUGUGUCAACGUUUUUGCUAGCUUUGUCCGGGAAUAGUCACAAACUGCAGUUUGGAGAGAAUUUAACUUUGUGAGAAGGGACUAAACGUGCCAAACCUUGAAAAAAUGACGUUCAUUCUUGGAAGAUAUAUUUUCAGAAAAGUUAACUCAUUUUCCAGGGCAAUGACAGUUCCUGCUCGCCUCGCUGUAGGGUACAGGUCGCUCUACAUUGGGGAACGAGCAUCACUAACGAAAACAUUCAGUGCCAAAGAUGUUGCACUUUUUGCUGAGCUGACAGGGGACACCAACCCGCUCCACCUCGACCCUCAUUACGCCAAAACAACCUCUUUUGAGAACCCCAUUGUUCACGGAGUGCUGAUUAACGGUCUGAUCUCAGCGGUUUUGGGGACGAAAAUGCCUGGCAAAGGCUGCAUUUUUCUCUAUCAGGAAAUACGCUUUCCGGCGCCACUCUACAUCGGAGAGGAAGUGGUGGCGGAAGCUGAGGUCAAGAAGAUCAAAAUGUCCUUUGCUUUCAUUUCUGUUUCCUGCGCUGUCAAAGACAAAGUGGUGAUGGAGGGAGAGGUUAUGGUCAUGAUGCCAGAGAACGCACAGGGAUCAUGAGAAACUGCUUUCAUUUUGAGUGGAUGUUGUUGUUCAGUUUCUUGUGUUUAUGUACAAAAUGUGCUUCCAGGAAUCAAAUGUUCUUUCUAGAUUAUUUGUGUUGUUUUGAAAGGUGAUGCUGCGCUCAGUGAUUUGUUUCUUAUUGUUUUUGUUCUCUGAGGUGCAGCUGAAAUAAAUUUUAUCUCUUUCAUAAAGACUAGAGAGUUGCUAUUUGGUAUUUUCUGCAUUCAUGAUUGUAAACAUUAAAUUAAAUAAUAAUAAUAAUAAAAAUAUUUCAAAUAUAAUUAAAAAAAUACAAAUUGAAAUACAUUUCACUUAUAAGAAGACAUGCAUCAUCAAUAAGAUGAUCAUUAACAUAACAGCCAAAAUAAUAUGCCUGUAAGAUAAAGAAAACAAUUCUAAUAUAUUGUGG